AUGGUAGAUGCGGUUAGACAUGAUGAUGCCCAAUUCGCCGAGGCGCUUCUUUCCCAUGGACUACCCUUGCACCCUGAUUACGCUUUGGGAGCAGCGAAGUGGAAGGCAAAGAAUGUCCUCGAAGCGCUUUUGAAGAACGGCUGGAAUAUCAACAAGCCAAUAAGCGACGCACAGCCCCCGGUACUUGGUUUCGUGGCCCAGGACCAAGACAUGGUGUCAUGGCUACUCAGGCAUGGGGCUGAUCCGAAUCAAAAAUGUCAGAUUGACUUGACACCACUUUCUUAUGCUGUUCACUACGCACCUGUCUGA